AUGACAGGGGGCCGCGAGGUUGUGCGUGUAUCGGCACCCGGGAAGCUGCUGCUUCUCGGCGAGCAUGCUGUGGUUUAUGGCUGUCCUGUGGUAGCGGCGGCGUUGUCGGAUUUGCGCAUUACGGCGGAGAUUACCCGUACUCACGUACCUGCAGGCAUCGAACCCUCGAUCGAGUUUUCGUGCAAGGAUAUCAAGUCUACGCGCGACAAGCAGCCACUGCGACGCACAUACACGACAUCCGAGCUGCAAAAGGUGGUCAAUGGACUCGAGGACGAGAUCCACUACGUUCCGACACCGUCAAUGGAGGUGAUGAUGCGUAUUGAGAACAUACUAGAAGGCGAGACACCUGAAGAUGCCAAAGCUAUGCGAGCACCCCUGUUCCUGUGCUGUGCGCUCCUUCGUUCUUCUGAAUAUUUUAAAGGAUCCAAGGGAGGUUUGUACGUGGAGGUAGCGACGUGUGGUCUGCCUAUCGGCGCAGGCCUAGGCUCUUCAGCAGCCAUGUCUGUGGCUCUUUCCGGAGCCUUCGCGGAGCUGUCUGGUAGUGCUCGACAACAUGAGCUGGAAUUCAUCAACAAAUAUGCGUACAGUGCUGAAGUGAUCCUGCACGGUUCGCCUUCAGGCGCAGACAACACGGUGUCAUGUUUCGGCGGAACUCUGCUCUUCCAGAAACACCCGGAGCCUUCUUUCGAUCGCAUUCAGUGUCCGCUGAACAAGUUCCGUUUUCUCUUAGUUAAUACCUGUGUCCCGCGUUCCACAAAAGAGCAAGUCGCGAACGUCCGAAGACGUUACGAAGCGGACCGUGACAAGGUGCAGAAGCGAUUCGACGCUAUCCAGCAGCUUGUGGAGAAAUUCGUGUCUCUUAGUGAGCGUAAGGUGCUCUCGGAGGAAGUGCUCGGCCAGGAAAUGGAGCACAACCAACAAAUUCUAAGCGAUCUGGGCGUGAGCCACCCACAAAUCGACGAGGUGGCACGUAUCUGCAAGCAGUUUAACGGUGCUACAAAGUUGACUGGUGCAGGUGGAGGUGGCUGUACGAUCUCUCUGUUGCCGCGCGGCUUAAGUAACGAAGACCUGACGAAGCUAAUUACCCGACUGGAAGCUAGAGGUUUCCAGUGUUACGCCAGCUCAAUCGGCGGUCCAGGCUUGAUCCGUGCUUGA